UUCAAAAUUUUUAUACUUAUACUCUCCUUCUAUGAUAUGGUGUUGUCAUGGGGAUCCAACACAGCUAGCUAGUUUUGGAUUCUUAUAUACCUCAUAUGCCCCAUACCAUACCAUUUUGUUCACCCAUUUCCUAUAUAUUUACCACUUUCUUUCUCUAAGGCUCUCCACAUAAAGAUACAAUGGGCAGAGCAAGUUGUUCUGUUCUUCUAUCCUUUCUCAUUCUUUCACUCCUUGUGGCUGAAAUCCAUGGAAACAAACAAGUUCAAGCUCUUAAUAAACUACACAAGUCCAAGUUAAGGGGAAGUUCACAAAUUGAUAGGAGUGAGUUUGAGGUACAAGAGGUUGUUAAUGAUGAGAUUGUUUAUUCUCAAGAGGGCCUCAAAGAGAAAGAUAGAAUUGAGAGGCUUCCAGGACAACCCCUUGUGAAUUUUGCUCAAUAUGGAGGGUAUGUUACUGUGAAUAAAUUAUAUGGCCGUGCCUUUUAUUAUUACUUUGUUGAAGCACAACAUUCUAAAGAAACACUACCACUUCUUCUUUGGCUCAAUGGAGGUCCCGGAUGUUCCUCUCUUGCUUAUGGAGCAAUGCAAGAACUUGGACCUUUCAGAGUAAACAGUGAUGGCAAAACACUAUACAAAAAUAGAUAUUCAUGGAACAAUGUUGCAAAUGUUCUGUUCCUGGAGUCACCUGUUGGAGUAGGGUUUUCUUAUUCAAACAAAUCUUCAGAUUAUGGUACCAAUGGAGAUAAGAAAACAGCAGCAGAUAAUUAUUUAUUUUUGGUGAAUUGGUUGGAGAGAUUUCCAGAAUAUAAGAACAGAGAUUUCUAUAUUUCUGGAGAGAGCUAUGCUGGCCAUUAUGUGCCUCAACUAGCACAUACAAUUCUCUACCAUAACAAAAUGGCAAAUAAGGCAAUCAUCAACCUCAAAGGAAUCUUGAUUGGGAAUGCAGUGAUCAACGAUGAAACUGACGCGCUAGGAAUGUAUGAUUUUCUUGCUAGCCAUGCCAUCAUCUCAGACCAAGCAGCUUAUGAUAUCAACAAAUCUUGUGAUUACUCAUCAAAGAAUCAGACAAGUGAGUGCGAUGCAGCUGAAAAUGAAGUUGGGAAUGAUCUUGAAUACAUUGAUUUAUACAACAUUUAUGCUCCACUAUGCAAGAACACCAAUCUCACGGUCCUGCCCAAAAAGACCUCUAUUGUCACUGAUCCAUGUAGUGAGUAUUAUGUGUAUGCAUAUCUUAAUAGAAAAGAUGUUCAAGAGGCUCUCCAUGCCAAUGUUACCAACCUCAAAUAUGACUGGGAACCAUGCAGCGAUGUCAUUACAAAGUGGGUUGAUAGCUCUUCAACAGUUCUUCCACUUUUACAUGAAUUCCUCAACAAUAGCCUCAGGGUUUGGAUUUUCAGUGGUGACACAGAUGGAAGGGUACCUAUUACUUCAACCAAGUAUUCGAUUAACAAGAUGAAGCUUCCCAUUAAAACUGUUUGGCACCCUUGGUUUACCCGUGGAGAGGCUGUGCAGCUGGAGGAGGAGUAACCUACAAGGGUCAUUUGAGAAAAUUGAGAAAGGGAACCACGAAUCUGAUGAGGUAAAAUACCAAGAGGUUGCUCAGUAGCUCCAGUGCGACUGUUAAUAUCACCUUCAGCAAAUAUCCUGAAAAGGUAUAGUCAAUAUCUGAAUUUCAUGCUGGAUAAAUAAAGCAAAGUAGAUGGGACUUCUUUGGCUCUCUAUUGUAAUGCCUCAUAAUUCUUGCACAUAAAAUCAAUGUUUGCUGAAUUACCCUUGAGGGUGAUGCAAAAUUGAUACUAAAAGCUCAACUGCAAGGGCUGAAGCAAUAGGAGCCAGCCCUGGUCGGGUCACAGUACAUUGCUGGUCCAAGCUGCGGUUUGAUGUUGACUGCAGAAAGCCAAUACGAAUUAGUUAUGUGGGUUACAUUAGUUCAAAUAUAACACAAAAGGCUGCACAGAAAUUACAUCAGUUGGUGCUACAACAUCAUUGCAGAAAUAACAGCCCAAUCUAUGCUUUCCAUUUGCAUCAUUUAUGUGCAUAUCAGCAGAUGAAGAAUUAUCAGUUUCAGCAUUCAAGUUAUGGGUAUGACUGAAAGGACCAGCUCCAUGGCGCAUAACCAAGAAACUAUCAAACCCUAGUGCAGCAGUAAUGGUAAUCUGCAAAUAGAGAAAGAAUAAAUUUGUAAGCAUGACAGUUAAAGAUACCCAAAGGAGAGCAAUCAUAACAUAUGCUUCAGUUUAGAAUGUGCAUCACGUUUUAAGCGGUGAUAUAAUUAGUGGCAUAUAUGCCAUUUAUGAGAAUAAACUAACCAACCUUGUUAGUAUUGGCACAGAGAAGUGUUGGGAGCCAUCGGCUUUCCCUUGUAUCUGUCAGCAAAAAAACUGAGUCAUGAGAAUCAAUCAAAUUGCACAAACGUCUACAAUCAUCAAGCACACUAUCCUGUUCCUGGCUAUGUACUGGAUGUCCAGGCAUUGGUAUGGCCAUAACAACGCCUUCUGCUUCCUGGAAAAGAACAAAAUCAUGCAGCUAUGUGAAAAUUGUGAUUAUUGGAUUUAGCAUCAAGUAAAGUCUUAGGAUUAAUCAUUUACCACUGCUGGAAAUAUGCGUUUAAGACUUUCAACUGCUGCUGUAGCUUUAAAUUCACCACCAUUAAGACAGUCAUCCAAAGUGUAAAGAGACUGCCUCAAUGGGUUAGACAUAGCCACCCUGCCAUUGUCAAGCAGAGUAAUUUUUCGGACACCCCAUGCCUACAAAAGCACAAGUUUUAUCAGUUAUCAUAAAUUGAAGAAUUAAAAUAACAAUAGGAUUUUCUCAAUUCUCACCAUAAGCAUGCGCGCAACCUGGCAUCCAAGUGUGCCAGCUCCGAGGAGAAGACACUUCAUUGAAGAUAAGGCAUUCAAGUUUAGAGAAGGCAAAGCACGCCACCUCAUAAGCUUUAAAUUCAAAUCUGCAGCAGAUACUGCCAACCUGAAAAGAAAAAUUAAAAAUGAUCGUUCAAAAUAACAGAAAUGUUGACAAAAUAAGUAGCACCACAGGAGGGAGAGAGGGAGAGGGUGAGAGAGAAAGCAAGACGAGAGAAAAAAAACGAAUGCAAUAAACCUGGUUGGGUCCAUGGACUGUGCAAGGCUUAUACACCUAGGUGCUUUUCUCCCCUUAUUUAGUUCCCAUCCAACAGCACUAGGCACAGUGUCUUUCCAUUCUAUAAAGUUACUCCUUCAAAGUUAAAAAAUCCAACAAACAAACAGAAAGAUAUAUCAAUAAGCUGUUACACAAUUAAUGCAGCUCUACCUGGUGG